UAUGUUUGGGAUUUAUUUUCAUAUCAUUUCCGGUUGUUGGUGUGCCAUGAGAUUUUUUCUGUGUCUCAAGUGUGCCUUGACGCAAAAUAGGUUGAAAAACACUGUCCUAGGGGACUGUUUUUAAAUUUGGUUAAUCAUUCUCACUAAAGCGUUAGGUAGUAGACUCAUUUUAAGUGAAAAUAAUUAUCUAACUGGUGCCGAUGAUAUCAAUAUAAAUGCGUGAUGCAUCAAAUGCUUUUCUUGUUGGACUUUCUCGUGAGUUUGUGGCCACUAAAAGUCCAACCUAACCAAUGUCAAAUGACUAGCUAACGCUAGCUGAUAGCUAACGUUAGCUAACGCUAGCUGAUAGCUAAUGUUAGCUAAUGUUAAUAGCUUGUAGCUUCACCUUCCCGGCUUUCUCGGCAUGUAUAAAGGUUUAACGUUACGGACCCACUUUAAGUGUAUUUUUAACUUGAACCUAUCAGUGCGGUAAUAUUAGGAGGAACAAUAACUAAACUGAAAUCCUAUUGAUAAAAGUGCGCUUGCUGCUCUCUGGCGCCAAAUGGGUUAAUGUUAACAGCCAUUACGUGAGUCGCGCGCGGCUCUGCUCAACUCUUUACUGUGGUAUAUUUUCCCUUCGUGGUGCCUUUUCUCGGCUAUACACUAAUGAGCUAGCGUUAGCUUAAACAUGUAGGUAGCUCUGAGAGCACGGAGGAAAUGCGCUUCAAGCGGGGGAAAAUGUAAGCUGCAGCUGCUCUGUAGAUAACAGAGGAGGACAAGCAAGGUCGAUUCAUGACCACUGUCCGGUAAAAAAUACUUUUUAGUUGUUGGCCAAAAACUAAAUGGAUAGGAUAAUAUUGGCAUUGCCUGCCGUGCCAAAAUAGUUUAGCUUUGUUUUCAGCUCUGGUUUCAUUAGAAAUUAACUAACUAUUGUAGCCUACCCACAGUAUUUUGUCUGUUAAUAAUUGAGAAUUGAUACUAAUCAUAUAUAUACAUAUAUUCUUUUUGAAUAAAAAAAAUUAUAUAUGAAUAAUUCAUGUUUAAGAAACCUUUCUGCCAUUUCUUGCUCAUUUCUAUAGUAUUAUGAGGGUUUAUUUAAAUACAAAAUAUGUUUGUUGGGAUCUAAUUUGAGUCAUUAUCUUAACCCAAGUCAGUAAUGAUUAUUGAACAUUACUUAUUUUUCCUAAAAUAAAUACCUGAAUUGUAUUUUCAGGUAUAUAUGUAUUUUUUUUGCAGUUUUUUCUAUCUGAUGUUGGUGUGAUGUGGAACUCUUUGGGGACCUCAUAAAGUUUUGUUUAUGUGGCAGUGUAAAGACUGUGGCGCUGAAGUGUCUAGGCGAUCAGAGAUUCUUAAACAUUACAAACUAAAACAUAGUCAUUUUGGACGUGGCCUUCAUAUUAAGUGUGUAUAUCCUGAUUGGCCUGCACUUUUCCAUAUCGAUGAGAUACAUGCUGAAUUCCAACGCAUUACAGCCAUCCCACUGGAAUCUUCCUUCAUGGCACGAUUGGACAGCCAUUUAGCCCAAUUGACAUCCAUCUUCCAGAUGAAGGGAGGAGUUGCUGGCCAGAAACUGGCUAAACAUCUGGAGAUUUUGCAAGAAGAGACAAGUGAUGUCAAUCUGAAAAGGACAGCUAUCCUAAAGGAUCUUUGCAACUACCUGGGUGAGAACGAGGGACAUCUCGUUCGGGAGUAUAUAGACAUUGAAGGAAAUGACAUCCUGAGAGACCUGCAAAAGCAUACCAUGGGUAUAUAUGUCAUCAACAAGGAGGGUGGAGAAAUGCGACAUUGUGAUGACAUUGGAAUUUUCGUUGAAGGAGUAAUCAUUCUCGACAACUGUGGAUCUGUGGCCCGCACUUGUGCAAUGAUGCUGGGAGUCAUCUACGCUCUGAACAUGGCUUACCCCAAAGAGCUAAGAUACUAUUACGAAUUCCUUCAGAAAGUGCUCUUUCGAAUGGAUGCUGAAAAGCUUUCCCCCAAAAUCCUUGGACUAAGGAACAAAAUAGAUGCUGGACUGUAGGAAAUCUUCAGCCAUUCUUGUGAACUGGUCUCAUUGCAUUGCAGAAGAAAAGAGUCGACGUAAUUAAAAAGCACCAGUCAAACCCGGGUAAACGAUAUAUAUGGCACACUGAAAAGAUGUUUGUUCCAUUUAUUGAUGUGACAGUUAGUCUCGUUCUGGCUCUACACAGAUUUGCUAUUUUCAUCUUCCGCUAGUAUCGGAGAGUAAAAGUUUCUGGAGGUUUAAGUCACAUGUUUCAUUAUGUCUUGAUUUAUUCGCUGACGAAUAAGUCUGUUCCCAAUGCACUUGGUCUUUUUUUUGUGCCUUAGUUGCGCAUGUGAGAUUUGUUUGUUGAUUUUUUUUCUAUUUUUAUAUAUACAUAUAUAUUAUGACUGGUACUCUAGUACACACACACACAGCUCUGUUGGAACUUUUUGAUUUUAAAGCCUCCUGAAGAUUCUGCAACACCUCAUUGAAGCACUGAAGAUAAGAUAAUAAAUACAACACAUUUAUAGAACAUACAAAAUAGAAGAACAUAUCCAACUAAAGAAAAAUGAAUAAGUGGUAGCACAAGGUUUUGAUAGUGUCGUUUUUUUGUUGCUCAGUCUGUUGGAUUGUGUUGAGGGGCUUCUAGCGUUAAAGCAACUGGUUUUUAUAUAUAUGUAAUGUACAUAUAAACAUCUAAUGUAUAUAUAUAUAUAUGUAAUGUGUAUGUAAUGUAUAGGUAAUGUGUGUGUAUAUAUACAUCCAGUUGUGGAAAAGAAUGUUCUUUCUUUUGUUUAGAUUAUUAUGUAAGGUGUAUUAUAAUAUGCCCUUUGCUUUUUUUGAAUAAAAUACACUGAUAUUGA